AUGCAACCUAAUCGGUUGGGACUUGGUCUGCGUCCACCUUUGCCGUCGUACGGCCAAGGCCCCUCAAUGUCGGCUCUCGCACAGCAGCACCAAAUGCAGUUCAUGCAGCCCCCGCCUAUCCAGAAACAGACAACCCUCUUCGUCGGCUCCAUAUCGGGUGGCAUCACAGAUGCCUUUCUCAACCAGCUACUGACCGCAUGCGGUCCUAUCAAGUCUUUCAAGCGCCUCAUCACCCCUGCAAACAAGCCACAAGGCUUCGGCUUCGCCGAGUUCGAAGACCCCGCCGGCGCACUCCGCGCCAUCGCACUGCUCAACAACGUCGAGCUCCCCGCGCUCGAAGACGGCUGUGCGAACAAAAAGCUCCUCGUUAAAGCAGAUGAAAAAACUCGUGCGUUUCUCGACGCGUUCAGUUCGCAGCAGAUGAACACAGAUGCCGAAGAAGCCCUCAAAAAAGAAGCCAAAGCCAAAAUCGACGAAUACGUCGCAGACAUCAACCGCAUCUCACAAGACGCCGCCAACAACGGCCUAAUCGACAAAGAAAAAUACAUCAUCCCACCACACCUGCACGAUCUGCAAGAAGCCGAUCUGCCAGAGACGCAGCGCGGGCUGGUUAUCUCGGAGAUCGCGCAGUUCCGCGAGCGCGCGGCGAAGAGGGAGAGGGAGAAGAUGCGGGAUGUGAGGGAGAGUAUACCGAAUAUGGCUGCGUUGGCGGGGGCGCCGAGUGGGCCUAAGGUCCGUGAGUGGGGGAAGCCGCAGGGACAGGGACAGGGACAGGAUGCGGCUGCGCCGAAGCAGCAGGGGUUUGGGAAGGGUGCGCAGGGGUACAGUAAGCCUGUUGGGUUCGUCAAAGCGGAGGAUGGGAAAGCUGGCAAAGAUCAUUUGUCAUAUGACGAUGAGAGACCUAAGAAGACGGACGAGGAGCUCGAGGCGGAUAGAAAGGAGCAGCGCAGGCAGGAGGAAGAAUUGUCCUAUAAAGAUCGUGAACGGCGGUAUGAGCCUAGAGAACGAGCGCGCAUUUCGGCGCUGGAACGUGCGAUUGCGCGUGAGCGUGCGCAGGCUGAGGCGGAGAGACGUAAUAGAAUCGAGAUGAGAGCCAGUCUAGACGCAUGGGACGACGACGAGAGCGACGAGAUGUUCUACAACGACCGAGUACGAUGGCGGCACACGCGCCAGCGCCGUCUCGAAGCCGAAGAAGCCGCCGACGAAAAGUCGCGCCGGUUCGAAGAACAAGAAGCCGAGAACCUCCGGCGCGAAUCGGAAGACUUCCUCGCAAGGCAGAUGGACGAGAUGCAGGCGCUGGCGGAGGAGCAGCGGAAGGCGGGGCUGCUCUUGGACGACGGCGCGCCUGUGCGGCUGAACGUGUCGAUCGCUGGCGGCGGUAAGGAGAAGGAUAAAGCUAAAGCUGGAGAGCAGCCGGCGAAGGAGAAGGCCAAGGCUGCGACGGUGUUUGCGCAGGAUGAGGAGGAGGAUGAGGAUGGGGUGAAGAAGCGCCGUGCGCCGCUUGUGAAGCUUGAUUUUAGUGUGGCGGAGUCGAGUGAGCAGACGAGGGAGAGGCUUGAGAGGAUACGACAGUCUGUGCCGCAUGAUAAGGAGAGUUUGUUUAAAGCUAAAGUUCGGUGGGAUGGGCUUACGGAUCUGGUGAUUGAUAGAAAGUUGGAGCCUUUGGUGAAGCGUCUGAUGGUGAAAUAUCUUGGCGAGAUGGAAGAGGAAGAUCUCAUCAUGUUCGUCCUCGAACAUCUAAAAGACCACAAAUCUCCACAAAAACUCGUCGAGGGCCUCGAGCCGGUUUUGGAAGAAGAGGCUGUUGAACUUGUUGUGCAAGUGUGGCGGCAGAUCAUCUUUGAGAGUAUGUCGUAUAACGAAGGCCUGUUAACCGACAAAAUGCUCGUCGACCCUUGA